CUCUCUGAUCCACCCCACACCGGGACUGAUCUGUGAGGGAAGCUGUUUUAACUUUCCAAAAAGGCAACGCGGCAACGUUUAUGUCGACUUUCAUGCCACCCUAUUCAACAGAGCCUUCUUUUUUAAAGAGGGGGAAGACUGCGAGGCAGCGGCGGCGGUGUUUGGCGAGCGGAAACCUGUGAAAAAAUCCACAGAAGUGGCGGUAGGCUGUGUCCACAGAUGAUAAAGUCUCCAAAAUGUUCAGUGUUUUUCUUUGGGCGAUACCAUCAGCACCCCUGCCAUAAUGCACAGGCGAAAACAAGCGAGUCGUUGCGUCUGCCAAACAAUAUUUGGACUGACAAGAACUCAAAGAUCACAGUUUUGAAUGCCAUUAGCGCCUUCCUAGGCAUCCACCGCAAGCCACCGAAGAGCAUAUCCUGUCCCAUUACAGCCUCCACUCCUCCGUCUCCUCUCUAGAGAUAACCACAAAAAGCCGCCUCCCACUGACCCUUUGACCCCUUUUUGCUAUGGAGAAUCUAAGUGAGCUCCAGAAUCCCCUGCUGGACAAGAACAGUAAGCAUGUGGUCAACGGUUAUGGAGGCGACUUCCCUAACAACCAGUACCAGGAGAAUAUCAUCAAUUACUUCGUCGGUGGCGGAGGUGAGGGAGGAGUAGGAGGAGGAGGAAAAAUGAAUAAUGGCAAUGUAGUCAGCGGAGGCAGUUACAGCACCAAUGGGAAGACGAAAUCGCAGCAGCUUUUGGACGCCACGUCUCUGCACCUGGCAGUGGAGGCCUUCUACAGGCCCAACUUCAUCCUGUACAAGGAGGACAGUGGCAGCAUCAAGGCUAAGGAAUACAAAAGCGAAUGUUGCGAGACUACCUUCAUGGAGAAGAAAGGGAACGAGGUGUGUAGCACGGCGGGGGCAGAUACGCCUGCCACCGAGGACCCCCAGGCCAAGCUGCUCGAGGACGGAGAGCACGUCAAGAUCCAGACUGUUUCCUAUGAAGUCGAGGAGGAAGAGUACGUGGAGUAUGAGACAGACUGCUCCAGUGACAGCGAGAGUGAGGAUAACUUCAUAGUCGUCCCACCGCGAGACCACCUGGGUCUGGCCAUCUUCUCUAUGCUCUGCUGCUUCUGGCCUCUGGGAAUUGCAGCCUUUUACUUCUCACAGGGGACCACCAAGGCGGUGAAUAAAGGUGACUUCCCGCUGGCCAACAUCGCCUCCCGAAGGGCUUUGUUCCUGGCUGCCCUCUCCAUCACUAUAGGCACCGGUGUGUACGUGGGGGUUGUGGUAGCCCUCAUUGCCUACCUUUCUAAACCAGGACACAUAUAGCAGCAGCACCUUCCUGCCACACCGCCAGGGAGACUAGGGAGAGCAAAACCCCUCUGGGAACAGAACUGCUGCUGCAGAUUUCGAGGAAAGUGUUUUGGUUUUUUUUCUCUUUCUUUUUUUUUUUUUUUUUUGGGGCGGGGGUGUACAG